AUGUCACCCGUCCAAUAUCGUUACGCAGAUUCGGAAAUGGAAUCAGAUACAGAACAUAAUCAUAAUGGCAGUAGCAUGAUGAUCGAGCAGGAUCUUCCACUUCCACAUAGCAAGCAGAUUGAUCCAUCAAAAGCUCGCUUUCCAUACUGCAUAGUAUGGACACCACUCCCUGUUAUUUCAUGGCUCCUUCCUUUUGUUGGUCAUGUUGGGAUAGGCAAAGAGGAUGGAGUCAUCCUCGAUUUUGCAGGUCCUAAUUUCAUCUGUGUAGAUAACUUUGCAUUUGGAGCUGUGUCUCGAUAUGUCCAAAUCAACAAAGAUAAGUGCUCCAUGACUCCCAAUCCUUCAACAUCAACCAUGUUCAGAACUGAAGAAGAGUAUAGACUAGUAGAAUCAGGAAGAAACCAAUACAACACAUGUGGAUGGGAUGAUGCCUUGAGAAAAAGCACACAAGAAUACCAACAUAAAACCUACAACAUCUUUACUUGCAACUGUCACUCAUUUGUGGCCAAUAAUCUAAAUCGGUUGGAGUUCCAGGGUGGCAGGUGGAAUGUGGUAAACUUGGCUGUAUUGAUCCUGUUGAAAGGUCAAUGGGUGGAUACAAAAUCCAUGGUUCGAUCUUGUCUUCCAUUCGUGUUCUUUUUCUUCAUUGGAAUCACCUUUGGAGGCGUAAGUUUUCUAACAUUUUUGUCAUGUUUUGCGUUUCUUGUUGUUGGAUGGUUUCUUUGUGGUAGUUACUGUUUCAAAAGCUUCAUACAACUCUAG